UUUGAUCAUGGCUGCUCAUUCUACCGAAGAACCGUUCCCCUUCCAAGGGCUGCUCCCCAAAAAAGAAACCGGCGCCACUUCUUAUCUAACCAGGUUUCCCGAGUACGAUGGCCGAGGAGUGCUCAUUGCUAUCCUCGACACCGGCGUGGAUCCCGGGGCCCCCGGCAUGCAGGUCACAACUGAGGGGAAGCCAAAGAUCAUCGACAUCAUCGAUACAACAGGCAGCGGUGAUGUGAAUAUGACCACACUGGCAGAACCCAAAGAUGGGAUGAUCACUGGCCUCUCUGGUAGAACACUUAAGAUCCCUCCUGCCUGGGUCAAUCCAUCAGGGAAGUAUCGCAUCGGAGUUAAAAAUGGCUAUGAGUUCUUCCCUAAGGCUCUUAAAGAAAGAAUACAGAAAGAGCGAAAGGAGAAGAUGUGGGACCCAGCACACAGAGCAGCACUUGCUGAGGUCUCUCGCAAGACAGAAGAGUUUGACCUCUCUCACCCAACACCGACACAGAUGGAGAAGUUGCAGAAGGAAGAGCUUCAGAGUCAGUCGGAGCUGCUGGCAUCGCUAGAAAAGAAGUACAGUGAUCCUGGUCCUGUAUAUGACUGUGUGCUUUGGCACGAUGGCGUUACAUGGAGGGCUGUUGUCGACACCUCAGAGGGUGGAGACCUGUCGCAGUGCACUGUGCUGAGCUCUUACAAAGAGACGCAAGAGUAUGCCACGUUAGGAAAUGCUGAGAUGCUUAACUACUCUGUAAAUAUUUAUGAUGAUGGAAACACACUCUGCAUCGUCACUAGUGGAGGGGCUCAUGGGACACAUGUGGCAAGCAUUGCAGCAGGUUACUUCCCAGAGGAACCUGAGCGCAAUGGUGUGGCCCCGGGUGCCCAAAUCCUGGCUCUGAAGAUUGGAGACACCCGUCUCAGCACCAUGGAAACGGGCACAGGACUCAUCCGUGCGAUGAUUGAAGUCAUCAACUACAAGUGUGAUCUGGUUAACUAUAGCUAUGGAGAAGCCACUCACUGGCCCAAUUCGGGGAGGAUAUGUGAGGUGAUUACAGAGGCCGUACAGAAGCACAACGUGAUAUUUGUUUCAAGUGCAGGAAACAACGGCCCAUGUCUCUCCACGGUCGGCUGCCCGGGGGGAACCACCAGCAGUGUCAUAGGUGUUGGAGCAUAUGUGACCCCAGACAUGAUGGUGGCAGAGUAUUCCCUGAGGGAGAAGCUGCCUCCCAACCAGUACACCUGGUCGUCCAGGGGCCCCAGUACAGACGGGGCCCUGGGAGUCAGCAUCAGUGCCCCUGGCGGUGCCAUUGCAUCUGUACCCAACUGGACUCUCCGUGGUACCCAGCUGAUGAACGGCACUUCCAUGUCAUCCCCUAAUGCUUGUGGAGGCAUCGCACUAAUCCUCUCAGGACUGAAGCAGAACGGGAUCAGUCCCUCUGUUCCUGCGGUGAGGAGAGCGCUGGAAAACACAGCUCUGAAGGUUGAUGACAUAGAGGUGUUUGCACAGGGCCAUGGAAUAAUCCAGGUGGACAAGGCAUUAGACUACCUCACUCAACACGCCUCUUUACCCACAAGCCACCUAGGCUUCUCAGUAAGUGUGGGAACACAGAAAGGCAUCUACCUCAGGGACCCCGCCCAGAUUCUUUCACCUUCAGAUCAUGGAGUAGGAAUUGAACCCAUCUUCCCAGAGAACACAGGAAACUCUGAGCGAAUCUCCUUGCAGCUACACUUGGCGCUCACAUGCGCCGCCCCAUGGGUCCAGUGUCCCUCCCAUCUAGAGCUGAUGAACCAGUGUCGUCAUGUCAAUGUCCGCAUUGAUCCUGUGGGACUGAGAGAGGGAGUGCACUACACAGAGGUGUGUGGUUAUGAUACAGCAGCACCUACCUGCGGCCCCCUGUUCAGAGUUCCAAUCACGGUUAUUAUCCCUGCCAAAGUGACCGAUAGUCGUAAUCAGGAAGUUUGUUUCACAGACAUCCACUUCAGACCAGGCCAGAUCAGACGCCACUUCAUCACUGUUCCUCAGGGAGCCUCCUGGGCAGAGAUCACACUGACCUCUCAUUCGGGAGAUGUAUCGUCAAAGUUUGUUCUCCACGCGGUGCACCUGGUCAAGCAGAGAGCAUACAGAGCGAAUGAAUUCUAUAAGUUCUCUUCACUGUUGGAAAGAGGUUCACUAACUGAGGCUUUUCCUGUGCUGUCAGGUAGGGUAGUAGAGUUGUGCAUCGCACGCUGGUGGGCGAGCCUGGGUGAUGUCACGGUGGACUACAGCAUCUCGUUCCAUGGACUAAACACUUCCCCUUCACCCCUGCACAUACAUGCCUCAGAGGGAGUGACGAGUUUUGACGUGUCAUCGCCUCUGAGGUACGAGGAGGUGUCCCCCACGGUCACCCUCAAAUCUUGGGUUCAGCCUCUAAGACCCUUAAGUUCGAAGAUAAAAGCCCUGGGAGUGAGGGACGUUCUGCCAAAUAACAGACAACUCUAUGAGAUUGUCCUCACCUACAGCUUUCACCAGCCGAAAAGUGGGGAAGUUACUCCCAGCUGUCCCAUGCUGUGUGAGCUGCUGUAUGAGUCUGAGUUUGACAGUCAGCUCUGGAUGCUGUUUGAUCAGAACAAGAGACUACUGGGCUCAGGGGACGCCUACCCACAUCAGUACUCUCUGAAGCUGGAAAAGGGGGACUACACUGUGCGUCUGCAGGUCCGUCACGAGCAGUCCAGCGAGCUGGAGCGCCUUAAGGACCUACCAUUUGUGGUUUCCCACCGUCUGUCCACCACACUCAGUCUAGAUGUCUACGAGACUCACCGUGCUGCCCUCAUGGCCAAGAAGAAGGCAAACUCUGUCACCUUGUGCCCGGGUGCCACGCAGCCCUUCUUCGUCACGGCCUUGCCAGAUGACAAAAUCCCAAAGGGGGCGAGUCCAGGAUGCUAUCUCUCUGGCUCUCUGGUUGUCCCCAAGAGCGAGUAUGGCAAGAAAGCAGGGCAGGCCUCUGCAAAACGACAAGGAAAGUUAAAAAAGGAUAUUGUUCCAGUCAUCUACCACUUAAUUCCGGCUCCCAACAAAACAAAGAACGGGGGGAAGGAGAAGGACAAGGACGGAGACAAAGAGAAAGACGUGAAGGAGGAGUUCGCAGAAGCUAUGAGAGACUUAAAGAUUCAGUGGAUGACAAAGUUGGACUCCAGCUCCAUCUAUGACGAACUGAGGGAAAACUACUCGGAUUACCUUCCGCUGCACGUGCAGAGACUUCACCAGCUGGACUCUGAGAAGGAGCGUCAGAAACGUCUCCGGGAGGUGCUAUCAGCAGCUGACAUCGUCAUGUCCCACAUUGACCAGACUGCCUUGGCUGUUUACCUCACCAUGAAGACAGACCCUCGGCCUGACGCUGCCUCUAUCAAGACUGACAUGGAGAAGCAGAAGUCAUCUCUGCUGGACGCUCUGUGUAGGAAGGGCUGCGCUCUGGCUGACCAGCUCCUGCUGCCCCCUGCGGCGCAGGACGGCGCCAGUGCCGUUACUACGGGUCAAACGGCAGCAGAAGUGGAAGUUGUGGAACAGGUGGCCAGCAGCUCUGAUGACACCGUGCACAACAUGGCUAAAGCUCUGAUGGAUACGUUUUGGGAGAUUCAGAAGUGGGCAGAAUUAACUGACUCCAAGGUAUUGAUGUUUUCAUACAAACACGCUCUUGUGAACAAGAUGUACGGCCGAGCAUUAAAAUACGCCUCAAAGAUGGUGGAGGAGAAGCCCAGCAAAGAGAACAUGAGGAACUGCAUCCAGCUCAUGCGACACCUCCGAUGGACACACUGCGCCACCUUCAGCGAAAACUGGCUCCCUGUCAUGUACCCCGCAGACUACACACCGUUCUAGGCAAAGACACACACACACGCAUGAGCAGCAUGGCCAUACACGGUCCAUUACAUGGUAACCUCGAUAUCAUGUCCCUCAGGGUCACAUGGUCUAUGCAUCUGUUUUUUCAAACUUCUAUGUAGGUAAAUACCAAAAUAAAGGAUAACUCUGAGUCUAAAUGGUUAAAUGCACUCGACACCUUAAAAGGCGAAUUCAUCCCGUCUUUAAAUGUCUUGUUGAAUGCCAAGGCUUGUUGAUCCUGUAGCACAGGACGUCGGGCGUUGUCCUUUAUUUUGGUGUCAUCUACAUAUUUGAAGACUUUCACAUGAAACCAUCCCCAGCUGUCUGGACUCCAUAUCAUAUAAAUAACCUAAUUCUUUAGUGUAAAUACGAAAUAAAAGGCCAGUGUUGACUCCAGGGAUGCAUCCCAAGUCUCUAAGAAAUUGUUUGCCCAGCACCUCACUUUCAAAACAGCAGAAAAUCUCCUAACUGGCCAUUCUAAUACUUCAACGCGAAGACGGGAGGACUCGCUGCAGCACAAUGUCGGGACAUGCGAGGGCACGCUGAGUUUGCCUAAUCCCUGACUUAAAAGGGAGGCUUGGACAGAACUUAAUCUUUUAUCCAUGUUUUUUGAUUGUUCCAGUGAGGCCCGGUUGAUAAAGCUAACAUUAAGUCUUGUUUGUCUUUUUAAGGCUCUGAUUCGUGUACACAGUCUCAGAACACAAAACAGUGUUGAGGUGCCUUCCUACAUGUACCUUACCUUUUACUGAUGGGGUGAAACACGGCGCGCGUGGGAAGCUGCAGAAUGAGUAGCGUCAGUCGACACCCAGCCGCUUGCAGUCAUUUCACCCCUCAGCUUUUGGCGUCAGAUGUGGUUUUAAAGCUCUUAUCAGCAGUGCGAUGUGUCCGUGCACUGUAUGCAGGCCGUCAGUGACUCGUCGGGUAAUACGAAGCCACGGACACACUUUCUGUGCUUCUCCUUACCUCCAGAGGUGUUGUGGGCCACCCACUUCGUGCUGCUGUGAGCUGAGCGGCACAUCUGACGACCAUCUAACAGACCUCACUAACCUAACAGAUGCAGUUGUGGGCAGCGCUCGGAUGUUCAGAUCAGAUUUCAUUGUGAAAUGUUCACACAGUGUUAGACGUUUCUCUGCAGCAUUCAAAAUGCUGCAUUUGUACACAGUGUCACAAAAUAAUGUACAUACACACAUAACAUAAAAAAGAUAUUAAGAUGCAAUAGGUAUAUAAUACAAAUAUUAUUCUAAUUGAUGUAUUUUGCAUAUAUGCAUGUCUUCUAGGAUGUAAGAAAAAAAUAGUUUUAUUUGGAAGCAGAUUUUAGUUUGUUUCAAUUUGAAAGAUUUUUAAUCCCAGACAAGAUUGUGACGAUAUCAACUCUUAUUCUCAUGAGUGUGUGUUUGUGAAUGACUUUACAUGUACCUGUGAGCUUAUUUUGUGCACAUGAACAUUUUCUCCCAACAGAACUGAAAUUAUAGCCAUUUAGAGAGGUUACGCAUGAGUUUUUCUUUUCUUCAGAUACCUUAUUUACAUUAAAGGACCGUGCCACUGGUU